GCAGCGGCCACGCGGCGUAUGUGUUACAUUUGGCGUUCUCUAUUUGCCCGUUUUUGUUGUCGCACAAUUCGCGUUUAUUGGAUUUUGGCGCAAGUAGCAAAAAGCCGGUUAAAGUGUUAAGAGCAUGUGCUGCUGUGUUGGCGUCUUGUUGUGAGUGUGUGCUGAGGUAGAAGAAAUACACUAAGCUACAGCAUUCCACCAAAAAAAAAAAAAAAAGAAAGGAAAAAAAGAGAAUAAUAUAAAGAAGAAAAACAAAGCACAAGAAAUUCCAAGAAAAUUAACUUGGCUCAUUCUUGAACUGUUUCUGCGAUUGUUGUCGUGCUCGCAACUAGGUUAAUUGAUGUGUGUGUGAGUGUGAGUGUGUGUGUGUGUGUGUGUGUUUGAGUACAUCCAUACGAAUUAUAACAAACCAAAUACUAUACAAAUACAAUAAAGUACAGCGUGUGGCACAAGCCCUAAUAAACGUGCAACAAUGGCCUGCGCGCGAGCACGAGGCACGCGAUGAAUGCAACAAGGACGCGGACUGCAAUACUUAGAGUCAAGCCAACAGAAAACUAAGACAACACCUUAGCUGGCAGGCAAGUAGUCACCUAGUCGCCGAGUCGCCGAGUCACCGUAUCUUCGAGUCAGCCUUGGAGCAGCCAAUGCAACCAACACAGACACAAAAUGCUGAUACUGCUGCCAUUGCUGAGUAUAUUUGGUAAUAGUCUCAUUGCUGGAGUCGGGGCGAAUCUGAGCUUGGGCUUUAAGGUCAUCAGACUGCCAAGGCAUAUAAAUCCCGCCAAUUGCAGCGUUGGGAACACGACAUUCGCACAUGGAGCUACGUUUAAAUUGGAUUGCAAGACCCAAUGCGUUUGCGAGAAUGGCCGCCAUGCCUGCUCCACACUGUGCCCCAACGAGCAGCUGCCGGCGCCGGAGGAUACGAUUUCAUGCAGAUCGCCGCGUCUCGUCGAGGUGCCCGGCCACUGUUGCAAAAUGUGGCUCUGUGAGAAUCCAACAGCUGAUGUCUAUGCCACCUGCCACAACAGCAGCACCAGCGGCAACUGGACCGCCUGCAGUCGUGCAUGUGGCCUGGGCAUGGCCACAAGACAGACGAGCACCCAUGCCGGCUGCCAUCAAUUGAGCAAUUUACGGCUUUGCGAGAAUCGCAGAUGUGCCCAGGACAAUAAGACGACGAAGAGCAACAGCCACAGUAGGCUAUUAACCGCUGAGCGCCAGCAGAACUUGGCCAGCAGCCAGCUGCAUCAGCAGCAUCAGCAGCAUCAUCAGCAGCGGGAGCGGGCCGGAGUACGUCAGAGAAACGGGCAUGGGAAGAGCAAUGGGUAUGGGCAUGGGAAUGGGCUGGAUAUGCAACAGGAGCCCGCACAUAGAAUAAGAAAGGGUCACGAGUGCCGCAGCUUACAGCGCCUGGGCCCGGCCAGAAUUCGACUGGGCGAGUGCGUGUCCCGCAAACUUUAUCGACCGAAACUGUGCGGCAGCUGCCACAGGGGCACCAAAUGCUGCAUUCCGGCUGUUUCCACAACAAUACAGGUCGAGCUGCUGUGCCCCUUAAAUGCCGUUGAUCCAAUUAACUACGUACAAAAGCGAAUACAACAGCAGCACAGGCAACAGGACGAAGCAGCUGAGGCGAGCUCUGAAGGUGAGAGCUGGCAGUCGGCAGGCCAGUUAUGGGACACCAUUGCCUUGGAGCCCAUCGAUCAGGAAUUUCUGCAAUCGCAUCAAAUACAAAUCGAGAAUAAAUUCGUUGCCAUCGAAUGGAUACUGAAAUGUGAAUGCAGCAAGAAUUAUUGCAGUGCUGACAUGGGUGAGAGCAAAAACAGAAACAUUGCCACGAAUACCACCAAACAUGGUUACCACAACUACAACAACAACAACAACAAGAAGAAGAAGCAUGCACAGCAACAAAAACAACAUUACCACGAAACUAAUGACCUACAAAAUGAGUUGAACCCAAAACACGAUGCGCUAGAGGAUGUUGCAGGAUAUGAAGCCGAGGAGCAGGAGCAGGAGCGACAUGUGGCCAACGAUGAGGCAGGGCUUGUCGCUGACAAUGUGAACAGUAAAGUUAGCAACGAGGAGACCUCCACAUCGGAACAACAGCCCGAUAUUAUACCCUAUCCGCUGAGCGUGGGCGAGACCAGCUGGAAAAGCGAAAAACUACGCAGACAGCAACAACAGCAACAACAACAACAACAACUACAACAAGAGCGUUGGAUUCGCACAUAGCGUAAAAUGAGACUUGAACAUUUCCCAAGCAAGCGUUGAAAAUUGAUCAGUUGAGCGUUAGAACUUAAGAUUUGUACAGCAUAGCGAUAUAAAUGUAUUUUGAAUUAUUGGAAAAUUGAGAUUAAGCUUGUAAAAAAAUAACAAAAAAACUAAAAUAGUUGCUUGGGAAAUGGUUUAGGAUUUGAGCUAAAUGAGCACUAAGUGUAAGUAUGUGGAUAAUUAUCAGAUGGGGAAAAAAACCAGAAAGACAAAAUAUGAAAUACCUAACAACAGACAGGCAGGCAAACACUACGAUUCUGUAUUUUGUAAUCUUUGAGAGGUAAAUAAAUGAAUAAAUAAAUCUUAAAAUACGGCAUUAAUAUGUAUUUUUGCGAGCACAUAUUCAGAAAAAUUGCUUACAAUAAAAUUACAAAUCUAUCAAAAUUGCAAUUAACUAUAAAUGUUGGCAAAGCUAUGUGAAAAACUGCCCGAAAGAAUAAUCUAAUUUUAAUAUAUAGAUGUACAAUAAAUGGCUUGCUUUUCGGGUGUAUCCAAGCGUUAUUUGAUCGAAUGAAAACAAAAAAAAAAACAAAACUAAACAAAAUAAAACUGAAGAGUUACAUUGUAUGUUUCAAAUAUAAUUGUGCUAUAUACUCGCUUAUAUCCAGAUGCUUAUGUAAGUGUAUUAAAGACUCUGCUUGAAAAAAAAAACACAUCAGUUAAAUUUACCAAGUAUUAAACAGUUGAAAUAGAGUAUAUAUAUGCGAACAUUGGGGUAACAAUAUUUGAUCCCACUGUGCUUAACUUAAAAGCCUAAUUGCUCUCCAAAACAUAUCCCAACAAAUAUAUCUCAACCGUGUGCUAUAAUUUUUUGGUAAAUUGAAAAUUGAAAAACAAAGAAAAAUUUAAAUAAAAAAAAAACACCAAAGCUUGUGCAUACUCAUAACCCAUAUCAAUUGUAUCGAUGUAAGUUAAUUACUAACUACAGAA